AUGGAUGAAGGAGACGAUUAUGUACCACAGAUUUCGCAGCUUGACUAUUCACUGGUCGAUAGCGGACAAAGUGUCUUGCAAAAUGAUCCCGGUAUUUAUAGCCCACCACCACCUCAAAUACCUCUACAGCAUCUCCAAUAUGGUAAUGAAGCUACAGGAAUGCAUCCAUGCCAAUUACCCAAUCAAAUGGCUCCUCAAGGCAUGCAACAGCAACAGGUGAUACAGCCUGCGCAAAUACCGCAGCCAAUUAUGCAGAAACCGAAAGUUCAAAGACGUCGGAAAAAUGCAGCUAAUGUUGAACAGCAAGCCUUAGUGGGACAAACAAUGGUUCCACCGUCAUCGGUGCCUCCUAGGCAACAAUACAUGAAUAGCAUGACACCAAUGCAGAGUAUGGCGGCAAUGUCUCAAAAUCCCUUGAUGUCUCAUAUACGGUCUACAGGACCAGGACCACAAAUGCAGCAACAGAUGAUGGUCGGAAAGCAUCACGCAUCAAAUGACAUGCCACCAAUACGUCAUCCAAGUCUGUCAUCCAAUGUUCAUGAUCCAUAUCAUCAUCAGCACCAAUGGUUUCAGCAACAGCAGUUUCGUGUUCCGAACAGUUACCCACCGCAACAUCAGAUAUAUCCAGCGCAACAACGCCCAUCCAUGAAUCAGCUGAUGCCUCAACAAACCUAUUAUUCGCAACAACAUAUACAACAAGAUGCCAGAAAUCCUAUGUAUUAUCAACCACAUCAAGUGUAUGAGCAAGUACCGCGUUAUCCACCAUCCAUGGGUCCACAGCUCGGUCCUUCACAGCAGUAUUAUCCGGAACAAGGCCAAAAUUUCUAUUCAUCUCCAAAUCAUAUAAUGCAACAAUCAUCGCACUCACAAGCUAUGACAGUGCAUCAGCAAGUGCCCUCUGGAUCCGGUGACUGGCAACAGCACAGUGUUAAUUCGCAGCAUCGCUUUACAUCGCAGCCGCAAUAUCCACCAUCUACCAGUAUCCAGAUUGAAAUACAGCAGGUUCAACAACAACUACAGUCGAUGUAUGAAAUCCCAAAUAGAAAUAUGCAAAUAGCACAACAGAUUGAACAGUUACAACUUCGUUUGCAAUAUUUACAGCAAUGCUACAUGAACGAAUGUCAUGGAAGUGCACAGCGAAACGAACAGCCUGUCUCCGUGAUGCAGAGAGGCUCCGAAGUACAGGUUAACAUAAAACCGGACUUGCCAGGUCGUACUCUGAUUAGCGUCUACCACCAGUAUCCGCCUAAUUCAGCCCCAGCGGCAAAUGUGCCGCCUACAGAAAAUGUCAUUGCAAAAGACUGUGUUCCGCCAGAACCGAUUCCAUCACGUUCUCGUACUCCAAUUGAGGAUCCAUCCGUACCGAGUGCUAUCAGUGUUGCUGCAAGUCAUAUAUCAAACGCUGUAAAUAAUUCAGUGCCGUUUAUGGAGCCGCAGACACCUAUGGUUUCAAGUGGAAAUCCCAUAACAUCUUCAGCUUAUGAUGUGCAACAACACCAAAGAAGUUUAUUUCAACCUGUUGUAGAGCCUAAUGUAGCAUUGGUAACAAUGAAGUGCCAAAAUCAACCAAAAUAUCAGGAAGUACUCGAACCACAACAGCAGCAGUCGAACGACACUCAAGCUAAAUUAGAACAAGAAUCGGGAACUGCUGAUGGAUUGUCCACUACUAUCAUUACUGCUGUUUCCGCUUGCGAUGUUUUGGUUCCUAAUAGAGCUAGCGAAGAAGUUAUCUUGUCAGACAAUCACUGUGUAACCGAAAAUGUGGCGAAAAAGAUAGAAGAAAAUAAUGAUUCGGUUACUAACGAGUUCGCAACAGAAAUCCGACGAGAGAAAAUAAUGAAUUCAACUAUAACAGAUCCACAGGCAACUAGUAGUUUGCUUUCAUCAGAAAAUUCUGAGGCCCACCCGUCAUCAAAUGCAUUGCCUGAUAUGGGAAGAGCCAAGUUGAACAUGGAAGUAGCUAUAAAUUCGGAAGAAAUCACGCAAAAUACAUUCAAAACUGAUGAGGGAUCCGAAAAUUCGAGAUUGGAAAUUGAUGUUCAUGACCCGAUUACUAAUGAUCUCGACCGUGAGGAGCAGUCAGACGUCGGAAAGAUUGAAAUUAAAGAAGAAAAUAAAGACGAUCUCUCACAUGAAAUGGAGAAGUCGAAUGAAGAGCCAAAAAAGGAAGGCGAACCAGAAAUUGGUGAGAAGCAGGAAAUAAUAUUAGACGCGGAAGUAGAUAAAUGUGAAUUCAGUGAAUGGAAAAGCUCUGAAAUACAAGAUGAGAAAACAGAAUUUCACGGCGUCAAACGAACGAAGGUCGAUGAGGAUGAGGAACGUACAGAAAUUUCCACGGAAGCAACAACGAUUGCUCAAGAAAGUGCCGCAGAAGAGGAAAAACUGGAAAUAAAUGAAGCCGAUAAAGCGACAUCCUCUGAAAAGCCAAAACGAAAAAGAGGGCGGCAUCCAAAACGAGGACCGAGUAAAAAACGGAAAAUUGAGGAAGAAGGAGAAAUAAGUGUAGAAAUAGAUGACGAGGAAUUUAUCCCUGAUUCUAAUCGACGAAUACGGAAACAACCUCGUACAAGACGACGUGUGGCAGCGGAACGUGAUGAUGCUCCGUUCGAGUACGUAGAAAAGCGGCGAUCUGGUCGCUCAAUAAAUGUUGAAAAAAAGAGCUAUGAUUUACAGGCAAAAUGGGAUGAAAUGGAUGAAGAAAUCGGUGAAGAUGUCCAAAGCCAAAAAGAGAAAAAGCCGGAAGAGCAAAGCGAAUUUAUUAUCGAAAAAAUUAUGGGUGUAAAAAAGAACGAGAGUGGACCGGAUCUUUAUUUUGUGAAAUACAAAAAUAAGGCCUAUAUUCAUUGUCAGUGGAAGUCUCAAUAUGAUUUGGAAGCUGGAGAUCGUCGAGCUGCAGCAAAAUUAAAACGUUUUCACCAAAAACGAGCUCACAGUUCGGAUCAAGAUGAGGAUGAGCGGUUCAAUAGUGAUUUUAUUAUUGUUGAACGGGUGCUGGAUGCGAACGAAUUAGAGGGGAAGGAUUUUGUUCUCGUUAAGUGGAAAUCUUUACCUUAUGAAGAAGUUACAUGGGAAAAAGUAGAAAUUAUUCCAGAGGAUAAAAUUGAAGCGUAUAAACGACGAAAUACUUGUGAUCCUUUGAAAGUAAAACCAAAACCACAUCCAUCGGCUUCGGAUUGGUGUAAAAUCCCUGAAGAUAUAACUUUCAAAGAUAAUAACCGGCUUCGGGAGUAUCAGUUCGAAGGCGUAAAUUGGCUUCUGUAUUGCUACUAUAACAAACAAAAUUGCAUUCUGGCUGAUGAAAUGGGUUUAGGAAAGACUGUACAAACAAUAUGUUUUUUGCAACGAGUUUAUGAUUACGGAAUUCAUGGUCCAUUUUUGAUUGUUGUCCCUUUGUCCACAAUUCAUAAUUGGCAACGUGAAUUCGAAACGUGGACUGAUAUGAAUACUAUUGUUUAUCAUGGAAGUGCUUCUAGUCGGCAGAUUAUUCAACAAACUGAAUUCUGCUAUCGACCAGAAGAAUUAAAAGGAGGUAAACGUAACAUUGUCAAAUUUGAUGCCUUAAUUACCACAUUUGAAAUGGUUGUUAGUGACUGUGAUAUCCUGAAGCAGAUUAGUUAUCAAGUAUGCAUUAUUGAUGAAGCGCAUCGAUUAAAAAAUCGAAAUUGCAAGUUGCUUACCAGUGGACUACUUUCAUUAACUGUAGAACACCGUGUAUUGCUAACAGGAACACCACUGCAAAACAAUAUUGAAGAACUAUAUUCACUUCUGAAUUUUCUGGAACCAGAGCAGUUCCAUAGUUCAUCUGCUUUUCUUGAGCAGUUUGGUCAAUGUCAAACUGAGGAUCAGGUACAACGAUUACAAGAUAUUCUCAAACCAAUGAUGCUACGUCGUCUCAAGGAGGAUGUUGAAAAGACUUUACAGCCAAAAGAGGAGACCAUCAUUGAGAUACAGCUGUCGAAUACCCAAAAGAAAUACUACAGGGCAAUACUGGAGAGAAAUUUCUCACACCUCUGUAAGGGAACAUCUGUACCCUCGUUAAUGAAUGCAAUGAUGGAAUUGCGAAAAUGCUGCAAUCAUCCGUUUCUUAUAAGUGGUGCUGAGGAACAGAUUCUUGCGGAAGUGAAAACAGGGCAUCCCGACUGGAGUGAGGAUGAUGUUUAUCAGUACGCACUGGUGCAGUCAUCCGGUAAAUUGGUUCUUAUUGCGAAACUGUUACCGAAAUUGCAUACAGAUGGUCAUAAAGUAUUGAUUUUUUCCCAAAUGGUCCGUGUUUUGGACAUUAUCGAAGAAUUUCUUAUUGCACAGAAUUAUACAUUCGAGCGAAUCGACGGCAAUGUUCGCGGUGAUUUGAGGCAAAGUGCUAUUGAUCGUUUCAGUAAAAAAGAUUCUGAUCGCUUUAUCUUUCUACUUUGUACUCGCGCCGGUGGUCUUGGAAUCAAUUUAACGGCAGCUGAUACUGUCAUUAUUUUCGAUUCUGACUGGAAUCCACAGAACGAUUUACAGGCACAAGCUCGCUGUCACCGGAUUGGUCAAACGAAAAUGGUGAAAGUUUACCGUCUAAUUACUUGUAACACAUACGAGCGUGAAAUGUUCGAUAAGGCAUCUUUGAAGCUAGGUUUAGAUAGAGCCGUUCUGCAGUCUACUACUGCUUUAAAGGAUACUUCACAGCAGUUAUCACGGAAGGAAAUUGAAGAAUUGUUGAAAAAGGGAGCUUAUGGUGCAAUUAUGGAAGAAAAUGCUGAGGAGAGUAAAUUUAAUGAAGAAGAUAUCGAAACAAUUCUUCUUCGCCGCACAACUACAAUAACACUUGAAGCCGGUGUGAAAGGGUCGACUUUUGCAAAGGCAUCAUUCAAUUCAUCCACAAACAGAGAAGAUAUUGAUAUUGAUGAUCCUAAUUUUUGGUCUAAGUGGGCUAAAAAGGCAAAUAUUGAUACAGAAAUGAGCCAGGCAGAUAAACAGCUGAUUGUUCUUGAACCGAGAAAUCGGAAAAAAAGAUUCGAAGAAAAUGUUUACAAAUCGGAAGGUGCUGAUGAUACAGAAGGUGAGGAAAGUGAUGAUAGCAGUAAAGGUCGAAAACGAAGUGAUCGAAAAGGUGACCGUAAGAAGCGCCUUGAGGAUGAAGAAUAUCGACCAGAUGAGCUAGCGUUCAAUAAAAGUGAAUAUUUCAAGAUCGAAAAGGUACUAGGUCAGUUUGGCUGGGGUCGUUGGAAAGUGAUGCGUGAAGCUUCGGAUUUGAAGGAUAAUGUUACCGAAAUUGAUAUUGAACAUAUUUCAAGGACACUGUUAUUACAUUGUAUUCGUGAAUAUCGUGGGGAUGAGAAAAUCCGUGAAUUUGUUUGGCGGCUGAUAAUCCCAAAAGGAGGUUUAGUUACUGGCAAGAAUACAGAGAAGAUGAAAAACACUGGUUUGACAUCAGUAUUCCAUGAAGGCUGGGCAGCAUUGCCGGAAUAUAAUCCGCCAGCUUUUGCUGUUGAUUCGUCUUUCCAACGUCAUGUUCAUCGCCAUUCAAAUAAACUGUUGAUUCGGAUGCACCAACUUCAUAUAUUAAAUACCGAAAUAAUUGGUAGUAAGAGCGAAACAAUAAUGAACAACGCAAAAGCAAAGGACAUCGAUUUGUCAGUUGAUAUGAAUGAUGCUUUCGUAGUUGGUUGGGAUGCUGAAUGUGAUAAGAGUUUCCUGAUUGGAGCGCACAAACAUGGUCUAGAAAAUAUCGAUGCAAUGCGUGUUGAUCCAACGCUUUGUUUUAGCUCGAAAAAAAUUGAGGUUUUCCCGAACAUCUCGGAUCUGUUGAAUCGUUUCCGGCGUCUUUUAACACAUUUCCAGAGAAAGCGACAUGAUUCAUUGACAUUUUCAACAAAAAAAACCGAUAGUGAUCUGAUGGAGCAGUUGUACUGCGUAUUGUCCAUGUGCACAAAACAGCUCGGUAAUGAAAUAACAGCCGUUGAUUUACAACGAGCCUUAAAGGUAGAAUCGAUUUCGGCACGUAAAGCACAAAAACUGAUGCAUCGGAUGAAUAUGAUGCGACAGAUUCAUGAUUGGCGAGAAUCACUGACUGAUCGACGAACACUCCUCAAGCUCUGUUCUAACGAAGCGAUGCCAAGUGGUUGGUCGGUUGAACAAGAUGAAGAAUUGUUCAAAAUAGUAGAUGAACAUGGUCUGGACAACAUAGCUGCUAAUAUCCUUAAUAGGGCAGCUUUUCAGAAGAUAAUAAGACCAGAAGAACGAACGUUGCUGAGACGUGUUGCUGAGAUUUAUACUACUCUUCAAACAAAGAAAUGGAAUGGAGCUGCUUCCACUGAAUUGCUCGAAGAUUCUGACGAUGAACGGGGGACGGCAAUGUUACUACGCUCAAAACGGGGUCGCAAGAAGAGUGCCGUACCGGGUUCUGCAAUACAAGAAUUUGUUGAUACGGAGAAAGAAAAAAUGCGUGCAUUAGUACAUCAAACAUUCUUGCAAAGACUGGAACAACUCCCGUUUGCUGCAGCGGCAGCUAUGGCUCAAGGCGCCUUUCUUCUUCCAUCACUUUUAUCGAGUGGUGGAACAUCUUCAGCAGGAGCAUCUACAUCAGCACAGGCGCAGGCAGCAAUGCUUUCCAGUUUAUUUGGACUUUCUCCUGCAUCACCUCCAACAACACCAGCUUCCAUGAACAUCAAUAAAACAAAUGAAUAUGAAGAGGAUGUACUAAAUUUGAGUACGAAGAAAUCAUCAAGCAGCAAUAACAGCCAUGCAAGUCAACCGUCCACUUCUGGCAUCUCUGCUCAGCCUACAAAUUUUCUGAAUAAUUUAAAUUUUACUGAAUUGUUUGCAUUGGCAAACUUACCACCAGAAACCCGUGUACCAGUGAUUAAUAUUGAGACAGGUGCACGAUUGGUUGGCGAACAAGCGCCAAAAGUGAAAAAUCUUGGACAGUGGUUAUCAGCACAUCCCAAAUAUGUGCUCGAUAUUCCAUCAUCGACACCUUCAGUAGUUCCUUCGAUACCUCAGGCAACAUUCUCAAAACAAGCCGAAAAAAGUGAUGUAAAAUCUAUAUCAGCAGUAUCGGACAGAAUUGCUUCAAAAAGGGAAAUGAACAAGGAAACCCAUUCUAAGGAAGUGCUUGCGACCCAAACAAAUCCAAGUUCAUCAAAAGCAACGGCAACAGCAUUAAUUCUGGAACCUGGUGAAGUCCCUCGUUCUCCCAGUACCACUACAGCUUCGUCAGCAGCUUCAGUCGCUUCACGUAAUAUUACUGAUCAGCGGGCCGCUGUUUUUCAACGUUCUACUGGUACAUUGAUUUCGGCCGAUAAAUGGCCGCUGCUGAAGAAUCUUGCUUCAUGGCUCGACAAACAUCCGGAUUGUAAUGUACACUCAAGCAGUACUUCAUUAGCUGCUACAGUUCUACCGAAAAAUUACACUGAUCGUUUGAGUGAUGAUACGACAUCCUUGUCCUCAUCCGCAAAUGGCUUGGAAGCUUUACAAAUGCAAAUGAUGCUCCAGCAGUCGUUAAUGAAUCAAACGCUUCUCGGACUUGGAGCUUAUGGGCCACUUGGAUCAUAUGCAAUGCUUGCAGCCGCAGCAUCUGGUUCUACUCAGCCGAGCAAGAAUUCAUCGAAGGAUGCGUUGAAUCCGAUGCUUGCUUCACUAAUGAAUCCAUCGCUGCAUUUGCAACAGAUGCAAUCUCUACUAACUUUGGAUCCAUCAUUACUGCUCAGUCAACCGUUUUCCUCCAUUGCAACAAGUAGUAAUACGCCGCCAAUUUCCGGCUUAAAUGUUUCGUCGGUUACAAAACCGCCGAUUAAUACCACUAUUACUACUAUUGCUACUACUGCUGUUGCUGCCGCUACGAAUAGUGUUGCUAGUGCUACUGCUACCACUAAUACUGCUGCUACUACUACUAUUACUACUACUGCUACUACUACUACUACUACUACUACUGCUACUAUUACUACUACUACUACUACUACUACUACUACUACUACUACUACUACUACUACUAGUGUUGGUACUGUUACUGCUGCAACAACAGCUACUGCUAUUACUGCUGCUGCUUCUACUGUUCCCACCACUGCUACUACUAUUAUUAUUGGUACCACUGCUAGGACUACUACUACUACUACAACUACAACGGCGAAGAAAGCAUCCAGCAAAGGUCGUUUAAAUGCUGUCGUUGAAAAGCUGUCAUCGAAUCAAAGUUAAUAAUUAUCA